AUGGCGAGUACUCUACGGCGCCGGUUACCCGGCAUCGACAACCCCUCGGAGACUCCCACACCACAAGACGAGAGUUCCGACGAAGACGGGAACCCGGGUGCCAAACCCAAGGAUGUCAAGGCUGUCCACGUUCACCGGCCGAAAACACGAAAGCGCAGGAAUACAGCCAUUUUCUUGCUUGGUAGUUUGUUCGGUAUCAUCGCCGCGGGCUUCUUCGCCAAGAGCAAUGACUUGAUUGGCUUCCCCGAACUGGGGGACCUGACCAUGGACAGUUUCCUUGAUGUUCUUCCGGCUGGGUUGGUGAAGGAUAUGCGGGAACUCAUUAUUGGAGAGCGCGAUUUCCUCGAAAGUUACGACGCAUUUUCGGUCGGUCUCAAAGUGCGCUCUGAGGGCAUGGAAGUCGACCACCCGAUGAUUAUGGUACCCGGUGUUAUUUCUACUGGCCUCGAAUCUUGGGGCACUUCGAACCUUUCACUUCCGUACUUCCGAAAACGACUAUGGGGUAGUUGGAGCAUGAUGCGAGCCCUGGUGCUGGACAAAGAGACUUGGAAGGCGCACAUCAUGUUGGAUAAGGAGACGGGCCUGGAUCCGCCCGGGAUAAAAUUGCGCGCCGCACAAGGGUUCGAUGCCACCGAUUUCUUCAUCACAGGUUACUGGAUUUGGAACAAGAUUGUCGAAAACUUAGCUUCCCUCGGUUACGACCCGGUCAACUCUUACACGGCAGCCUAUGAUUGGCGAUUGGCAUAUCAAAACUUGGAAAAGCGUGAUCAUUAUUUUACGAGGUUGAAGGCACAGAUCGAAAUGGCUGUAGUCCUUCAAGGGAAGAAGAUCGUUCUCACCUCUCACAGUAUGGGCAGCCAGGUCACCUUUUACUUCUUCCACUGGGUGGCUUCGAAAAACGGGGGCCGGGGAGGAGACGAUUGGGUGGAAAAACACAUUGAGGCAUGGAUCAAUGUUAGCGGAUGCAUGCUGGGAGCGCUCAAGGAUGUUUCGGCCCUGCUCUCGGGCGAGAUGCGCGACACGGCGCAGUUAAACGCCUUCGCUGUCUACGGGCUCGAGAAAUUUUUGAGCAAAUCUGAACGAGCUGAGAUUUUCCGCGCCAUGCCAGGAAUCUCCUCCAUGCUGCCGAUGGGGGGCACUGCGAUCUGGGGUGACCUCGACGGUGCUCCGGAUGACCAACCCGGCCAAGAGCAAACGUUCGGCUCAUUCCUCAAUUUUCGACGCGACCAAAAUUUUACGGUUCCUAACCGGAAUUUUACGGUGGAUGCAGCCAUUGAGUACCUUCUCGAGACCUCAGAACCCUGGUACAGGGACCAGGUUCUUGACAAUUACUCUUGGGGCGUCGCGGAAACAACAGCUGAGGUUGAGGCCAACGAGGCGGACCACAGGAAAUGGGUCAAUCCGCUGGAAACUCGGCUCCCACUCGCACCCAAUUUGAAAAUCUACUGCUUCUACGGAGUGGGCAAGCCGACGGAACGAGCAUACUACUACCGAUCCCCCGAACUCAGCGCUCUCACAAACUUGAACAUGACGAUCGAUACUGGCCUGACGCACGGCGAGGUGGACCACGGCGUCGUUAUGGGUGAGGGAGACGGCACGGUGAACCUUAUGAGUACGGGCUACAUGUGCAACACCGGGUGGAAGAUGAAGCGGUACAAUCCAGCGGGUGUCAAGGUAACCGUGGUCGAGAUGCCGCAUGAGCCUGAGCGGUUCAACCCGCGGGGCGGCCCUAACACAGCUGAUCAUGUGGAUAUCUUGGGCAGACAGAAUCUGAACGAGUUUAUCCUCAAGAUCGCGGCUGGUAGGGGCCACACGAUCCAAGACAGCAUCGUCAGCAACAUACUCCAGUAUGCGUCCAAGGCGAAGGUGUACGAAGAAGGCGAGAGAUGA